GCCUCUCAGUCGGCUGUUUGUUUCCGAUUAGGAAGGAGCUCAGUCCGGGAGCUCCUUCCUCGAAGGCCUUAGUUGGGGGGGUGCGCCCGACAAGCGGGCGAGGCGGCAUUCGGCGGCGUUCCGUCGAGGGGGCCAUAGUGUCAGCGGUGGCCCCGCUGGUAGGGGGGUACUCCCGGGACUGCUCCCGGCUGGGUUGCAGCUGCAGCAGCAGCGUCUUUGGGCCUCUUCAGCGCGGCGUCGGCACUCGGCUUCCUGGGCGUGGUUCUCCUUCUGGGCGUUUGCCCUUUUGGUUUGUGGGGUAUUUGGGGGGUUUCCAUCAGCCUGGGUGGCUGGGCAGCGGCCCCUUUUCCAUUCCCUGGAGCACUACUUUUGAUGCCAACAUUCUUUUAUUUGUUUGGUGGGUAGCAGGUGGGUGUUUGUGCUCAUCGGUGCCCUGGUGGGCCUGGCCUGGUUGAGAGUCAAAAGGCCUUUUCAAGCCUUCUCCUUGGGUGGGGGGCUCUGGUGCUUUCCUGGAUAGGAUUGAGUAUUGUUUUUGAUUCAGGACAAGGGCUUGGCUUUUGUUCUAUAUCCUUGCUACCUUCAUUCUGUGCGUGGUUGGCGCUUUUUUCCUCCAACCCCUUUUGGAAUCCCACUAUUUGGAGGCAGUAUGCCGGGGAAGGCCAAGGGCAAGAAAGGGGGGCGCCCUGUUAAGCAGCCCAAGAGGCCUGCUCCCCCGCAGUCCUCCUCGGAGGAGGAGGAGGAGGAGAUGACUCUGAUACGGGGGUUAAUUAAUAGGAUGGAAGCUUUAGAGAAAGCAAAAGCAGCCCCCUCCGACAAAGGUGCGGGUCCUUCAGGUGUGGGGGGGGUGCCUCCUCCUAAGGUCCCUCGGAGGACCAGUGGUUCUGUGAAAAGCCAGCUGCUAACUUCUCUCUCUAGUAGGCUGGCUGCGCUGGAAGAAGGGCUGAACCCUGCUGGACCGGGCCCUUCUGCUCCUGCGUUACCGCUUCCUGAACCUGAGUCUCCAGUUCCGGAGUCGCCUUCACCAUUGCUACCUCCGCCUGCGGCACCAGUUGUUCAGCCUCCAGUGGAUACGGCUACUCCUUUGGCCCAGGGUGCUGGCGGGGCGGCGGUCCCGGUCCGAGUCCUGAUGUGUGGCCAUUCGUUGGUCUUCUGGGCUUUCAAGCGGGCCAGCACCACCCGCUGGGGAUCCCAGUUGGGUUUAGGAAGCAAGGCUUCAGUUUAUUGGUUGGGCAUGAGGGGCAUGCUCUGGAAUCAGUUGCUUCCAGCAUUGAGGGAGCAUUUAGAUAGGUUUCCCAUUCCCGACAUCCUGGUUCUUCAUUUAGGGGAGAAUGAUUUGGGCCGGCGGCCUGGCCUCGCCAUCCUUCAGCAAGCCUCCUCGGAUUUGUCUAUUUUGCGCAGCUGGAUGCCUGGCGUGCGCAUAAUAUGGGUUAAUUGGCUCCAGCGCAGGGUGUGGCGGGGUGCUCAUUCUUGCCUUAGCUUGGAAAAGGCACGCAGGAAGAUUUCAGCCGCAAUAGGUAAAGUGGUUUUGGCGGCCGGGGGGUCUGUGGUGCGGCAGCCAGAUAUAGCUGCUCGCUUUCCCGAGUUAUUCCGCCCUGACGGGGUCCACCUGUCUGAGAAAGGUUGUGAUUUGUAUCUGCAUAAUAUCCGGGAAGUGCUUGCUGAAGGUUUGGAGGGGGUGGGGCAGGAAGGUCAAGCGAGGGCUAACCUUCCUGGGUGGCGGUAACAGUGCGGGCUGUGGGUAAGGAGGUCUAGAUUUCGGUGAGCACCCUUGGACAUUUUAAGGUGGAUUGGUCAAUUGCUUCCUUGUGGCCUGUGCGGCACGGGAAGAAUUACAUUGCCAAGAAACCUGCUUCAGGACUUCACCUACCUUUGGGCUGUGCGGUCCGGGGAGGUAAAGAUCUGAAGCUGUCCAGAUCCCCUCUUCUAAAAGGGGUGGUUGGCUUUGAAGGAAUUGGGCGGGAGCUACCUGCCUCUUUCCUGAGCCAGGGUGUGUCGCCCUUGCAGGCGAUGGGUAGGACGUUUUGAAUCCUAGCCCACGCCUAGGUGCCCGCACUGUUUUUAUGUUGGUGAUUAAUCACCUUGUUUCCAGUCCGCCACAAAUGUUGUUAUAUUAAUAAAGCGUGGCCCGUUUCUCCCAUUAAAAAAUGUCUCUGUGUCUUCUUGGGCUGGGGUCUGGGUACAAUCCCCCUCCCCUUGCCUCGUGCAAGUGGGAGGGUGUUUGUCCCAGCCUGGGACUCACAAGCCCAAGAAGAAGCCUGAUUGGUUGGCUGGCUCGUGGUGGGCGGGGCUUGCUGAGAGGCCGAGCGUUUCCCCGCUCUGGCCUCUCAGUCGGCUGUUUGUUUCCCCCUCCCUCCCUCCCUGUUGCAGAGCGGGUCUAGUGACUGGUCGCCUAUGGGCCGAGUAGGAAUUUUUUGCUCUCAACUUAUUGGCUGUGUUGGGGUUUUUUUCGCCUACUCUGUUCUGCAGUCAGUUGGUAGUUAGGUUCUAGGUUGGCCACGUUGGCGGUAACAGUGCGGGCUGUGGGUAAGGAGGUCUAGAUUUCGGUGAGCACCCUUGGACAUUUUAAGGUGGAUUGGUCAAUUGCUUCCUUGUGGCCUGUGCGGCACGGGAAGAAUUACAUUGCCAAGAAACCUGCUUCAGGACUUCACCUACCUUUGGGCUGUGCGGUCCGGGGAGGUAAAGAUCUGAAGCUGUCCAGAUCCCCUCUUCUAAAAGGGGUGGUUGGCUUUGAAGGAAUUGGGCGGGAGCUACCUGCCUCUUUCCUGAGCCAGGGUGUGUCGCCCUUGCAGGCAAUGGGUAGGACGUUUUGAAUCCUAGCCCACGCCUAGGUGCCCGCACUGUUUUUAUGUUGGUGAUUAAUCACCUUGUUUCCAGUCCGCCACAAAUGUUGUUAUAUUAAUAAAGCGUGGCCCGUUUCUCCCAUUAAAAAAUGUCUCUGUGUCUUCUUGGGCUGGGGUCUGGGUACAAUCCCCCUCCCCUUGCCUCGUGCAAGUGGGAGGGUGUUUGUCCCAGCCUGGGACUCACAAGCCCAAGAAGAAGCCUGAUUGGUUGGCUGGCUCGUGGUGGGCGGGGCUUGCUGAGAGGCCGAGCGUUUCCCCGCUCUGGCCUCUCAGUCGGCUGUUUGUUUCCCCCUCCCUCCCUCCCUGUUGCAGAGCGGGUCUAGUGACUGGUCGCCUAUGGGCCGAGUAGGAAUUUUUUGCUCUCAACUUAUUGGCUGUUGUUGGGGUUUUUUUCGCCUACUCUGUUCUGCAGUCAGUUGGUAGUUAGGUUCUAGGUUGGCCACGUUGGCGGUAACAGUGCGGGCUGUGGGUAAGGAGGUCUAGAUUUCGGUGAGCACCCUUGGACAUUUUAAGGUGGAUUGGUCAAUUGCUUCCUUGUGGCCUGUGCGGCACGGGAAGAAUUACAUUGCCAAGAAACCUGCUUCAGGACUUCACCUACCUUUGGGCUGUGCGGUCCGGGGAGGUAAAGAUCUGAAGCUGUCCAGAUCCCCUCUUCUAAAAGGGGUGGUUGGCUUUGAAGGAAUUGGGCGGGAGCUACCUGCCUCUUUCCUGAGCCAGGGUGUGUCGCCCUUGCAGGCGAUGGGUAGGACGUUUUGAAUCCUAGCCCACGCCUAGGUGCCCGCACUGUUUUUAUGUUGGUGAUUAAUCACCUUGUUUCCAGUCCGCCACAAAUGUUGUUAUAUUAAUAAAGCGUGGCCCGUUUCUCCCAUUAAAAAAAUGUCUCUGUGUCUUCUUGGGCUGGGG